AUGGCGACACAGAUAAUCCUCUUUGCUGUUGGCGUUGGCCUGGCGACUGCUCAAUUCCCCCCGACACCAGAGGGCGUCAGGACCAUAAAGUCAAAAUUCCAUCCUGGUGUUGAGGUCUCCUACAAGGAACCUGGAUUGUGCGAGACAACGCCCGGGGUCAAGUCAUACGCUGGUAGAAAAGCAGAUUUCUGCACCUUGGAAUUGGACUGAUUCCGUCGAUAGGAUACGUACAUCUUCCAGUCGACGCCCUCAACGAAACGCACGAGCACAACGAGUACCCCAUCAAUCUGUUCUAUUGGUUCUUUGAAUCUCGUAAAGAUCCGACCAAUGCUCCUCUUGCUAUCUGGUUGAAUGGAGGCCCUGGAGGUAGCAGCCUACUUGGCGCCUUGAGCGAGAAUGGGCCUUGUUUCGUCAGUAUGUUCGCCGAUGGCUAGUGGAGUCUCGAUGGUUGUGCCUUUCCAGCUGAGUCUUCCACCAGACAAUGACUCCCAGACGACAGUGAUCAACCCUUGGUCAUGGAAUAACGAGGCCAAUUUGUUGUACAUCGAUCAGCCUAAUCAAGUACGUCUCCUGGGACCGAUUAUGCCUGCUCAUACCUCAGGCAUCUACUAAUCCGGUGGGAUUGAUCGGCAGGUUGGGUACAGCUACGACGUACUCACGAAUGUGACCGUCAACUUCGCCCCGCAUGAUGAGCAAGAAGGUGGUAUCCAGCCUGCAGACUUCUCAAACGGCGUCCCCGCCCAGAACAACACUUUUUUUGUUGGCACUAUGAGCUCUCAGAACAGGAGCCAAACAGCCAAUAGCACUCAACACGCCGCCGUAGCCAUGUGGCACUUCGCACAGACUUGGUUUACAGGUAUGCCCUCGGCCAGAACAUCGUCGUCGAGCGUGGACUGAUCAUGUGGAAGAGUUCCCGAAUUACAAGCCGCACGACGAGAGAAUCAGUUUGUUCACCGAGUCCUAUGGCGGACAUUAUGGUCCAGGGUGUAUGCAUCCAACUCUCCUCGUGUCGACUCGACGCAGCUAAUCGGACGGAUCAAUGAUGCAGUCAUGGACUACUUUGUUCGACAAAACGACCGCAUUACUGACGGCACUUUACCGAAAGCUCAUUACCUGCACUUGGGUACGCUAGGAAUCAUCAACGGCUGCAUAGAUGCGCCUGAUAUGUAUGAUGCUGUGCUGAACAUGUUGUCGUGCAUGUGCUAAACUUCUCGGUGAUGCAGGAUGGAAUCAGAGAUCGAAUUCGCUUAUAACAACACCUAUGGCCUAGAAGCUAUAACCAAGGAAGAAUACGAGAGCAGUAUGCACGAGUUCCAUAGACCAGGUACGUAAUGAGAACACAAGAGCUCCCAGAUAUUGACUUAUAUUCUUGUAAAGGUGGCGUGCUGGAAGCGAUCCAUGCGUGCCGAGAGAUGGCUAGGAAGACGGACCCGCACGAUCAUGGAGAGAAGAACGCCACAAACACAUUCUGUAAAAGAGUUGAGGAGCGUGCCGCAAAUAUCAGCGAGGGGGUUUAUGUCCGCGAGGCUCGAGGUGCGAGAUUCGACAUUACACACGAGCCGACGGGUAAGUCUGAAGUGUUUCCUCCGCGAACUGUUCAGCUAAAAUUAGCAUUAGACCCAUUUCCAGGACCCUAUAUGUUUGGCUGGCUGAACCAACCCGAGGUUCAGAAAGCUUUUGGAGUGCCUGUCAAUCACUCUUGGCACUCGCAUGCCGUGGCAGAUGCUUUCUCCAGGACCGGAGAUUUGAUAAAGGGGGGGCCAACUUGGUCAGAUUGCUAAUGUGCUCGGCCAUGGCGUUAACGUCCAUCUCUUUCAUGGCGAUAGAGACUUUGCAUGUAACUGGAUCGGAGGCGAGAGGUACUCGCUCAACAUACCUUGGCCACAUCAGAAGGAUUUCCAGGAAGCUGGAUACACUCCGCUGGUAUUGUCUAGUCCGUAUACUCAGAGUGGGGGAUUGACUAGACAAUACGGCAACUUGUCGUUCACGCGGGUCUACCAAGGUACGCAAAACACCACUCUACAGAGAGGCCUUACGAAAAGCUGACGAUGAUGUUGCAUAGCUGGCCAUAUGGUCCCGAGUUACCAACCGGAAGCAGCCUACCGCAUCUUCAUGCGUGCACUCACUGGCAAGGAUAUCGCUACAGGAGAGAUCGACCUCAAUCACCAUUCUGCGAUGAACAAGAAACAAUACUCCACCACCGGUCCAUCGGACACAUGGUGGAUGAAGAACGAUGUGCUACCUCAACCUCCGCACACGUAAGUCGAAUCUCUACUGAUCCAGUUGACAUGGUUGCUGACUUGUAAUGCCCCUGUGUGCAGCUGCUAUGUUCUAGGUAAGUUGAUGUCGGACGACCUACACAGCGAUGGACUGUAGGCUGAUUGAUUUGCAGACAUGGGUUCUCGUUGCUCUAAAGAUGAGAUCAAUUCGAUUGUCAAUGGGACCGCUGUCAUCAAAGACUGGAUUCUAGUCGGAACGCGGGGAACAGCAGAGACGGAGACCAGUUUCGACGGAGCGAAGCACGGUGGACAAACAUUUCUUCUUGGAGAUUGGUAG